AUGAGUCUUACUGGCCUAAGUCCAGGCUUCGCUUACAACUUUCGAGUUCAAACGGCUGUAGGUAACACUACUGUUGUAAUAGGCACUGCGGCAGCAAAUACAGGACCGCUGAUACCUAGACCUGCACCCCGGGAUGUCUACUUUCAGUCCCAUGAGUUAGACUACUUCACAGUGUCCUGGACACCCGAGGACAUCACCGACGUGACAGGUUAUCUGGUAGCCUAUGAAGCUGGUAGUGCUGGCUUCCAGGAGACAAUCAAUGAUCCUACGGCCACCACGAUAACCCUACAGGAUGACACCCUUGGCGGCAACCCACCCAAUGGGGUACUAAUCGUUCCUUUCGUAUCAGGAAUGGUCAAUACGCAAUAUAUUGUACAAGGAAACGAGGCUCCCCUGCAUGUGCUGCCCCUUGAAGCUCCAAGAAGCGCUACGGUUCAGAGAACGUCAGCGACCAGCUAUGAGCUCAGAUGGGUUAGUGCACCUGGUGUAGAUGGUUACGUGAUAUCUUAUGCAACAACGUUAACGAGAGACAACACCUCUAGUCGAGAAGUGCCUUUAGGCAGGACGUCCGAGCAAAUCACAGGGUUACCACCGAACACAGACUUCACGUUCUAUCUGUACAGUCAGAAAAACGGUCUUAGAAAACGUGCAGUUUUAACAAUGGUUUCUCAAGGUUCGCCUGACACUACUCCGCCAACUGUGCUCUGUCCGUCUGAUAUCAUCCGAACGAUUCCACUGGGAAGUACAUUUGCAAUGGUAUCAGUGCCAAUCCCUACUGUUACCGAUGACUCCGGAAUCUUCUUCUUCGUUAGUUCAACCGUACCAACUACAAAUCAGUUCCCUCUUGGAAAUACACCGGUCACAUUUACCUACCGUGAUCUCGCCUUCAAUCAAGCUUCAUGCACAUUGUCAAUCUUCGUGUCAAUAACGUCAGUGGAUACGAUACCCCCAGUCGUCAGCUGUCCGCUGGACAUCACCGUGACAGUUCAACUUGGAUCAACGCAAUCUGAGGUGAUUAAUGUGGGAGAGCCCAACGUUAGUGACAACUCUGGAGUUGUUGUACUGGUCAGCUCAACCUUGCCUGCCGAAAGUAGAUUUCCGAUUGGAACGACUGCCGUGAAUUUCACCUACAGAGAUCCAGCAAACAACCAGGCAUCCUGUUCUUUUUUGGUCAAUGUGGUAGAAGUUGAUACUAUACCGCCCGUCGUUAUAUGUCCAGGGACGUUUGUUGCAACAAUCCCUGCAGGAGCAACCAGCGGGAUAAUAAGCUUACCCAGUGCUACUGCAAACGAUGUCGGUGGUAGUGUCACACUUGUCAGUACCCAGCCAAAUCCUACAAACCCGUUUCCACUAGGGACAACCAAUGUGUCGUAUACUUUCCGUGAUCAGUUUGGAAAUCGGGCAUCUUGUUCGUUUGAUGUCGUUGUAUCCACUGGAACCACAGAAACUGGUGUUACUGUCACCUCUGUCACAGAGAAUUCCAUCUCAGUGUCCUGGCCUCAGGUUCCGGGAAAUUUGAUUUAUCAGAUCUUGUACAGCGACUCCGAUAGGACCCAGAUAAACAUUACGAUGACAGAAAGCAUAACACUGACAGACCUUCUCGAGGGCACAUCGUACAACAUCACCGUAUUAGGUUUCGACAGUUCAGGAAGAGUGGAUGUUGGUUCCGUUAUUGCGACCACAGCUAUGAUGACAAGUCUUACAGCAUGUAGCAGCGGACCUUGUAAAAACCUUGGGACAUGUGUCAAUGUUCAACAAAAUAGUUAUGCAUGCAUUUGUCAAGAAGGCUACGUUGGAGACCAAUGUGAAUUAUUGGCGAUAGUAGGCACACCUUUUUUCGUGUCCGAUCGGGGGACAGACUUCGCAACGGUGACUUGGGAGGAUGAUCCUUCGCAGACUAUUGUGUCGUACAUCCUUACUCUAUUUGAUGCUUCUGGAACGGUAGAAGUGGUCCAGCAGCAGCUGGUUGCUCCUGAACCAACACUAACCUCUCAAUUCACGGGACUUCAGCCGGCGACGAAGUAUACCCUCGACGUUGAUGUCAUAGUCGGUUCGGUCAGAAACCAGUUCGUGUCAGGAACAUUUUACACUCGACCGAAGCCGCCGGAGAACAUCAUCCUCUACACGUUAAGCGAUGAAGCCUCUAUUAUUCGGUGGAAUGCUCCAUCUCCUCCUGACAAUAACUUCGAUGGCUAUCUGGCAGCUUAUCAGGACAUUUCAUCUGGCUUUAUCAGUGCAGUCCCUUUGGCUUCUGCAGUCAGAAGUCAUGUCUUUGACGGCCUCCAGAUUGGUGUGGCAUACGAUUUCACAGUACUUACGACCGUCGGUCAAAAUACAGCAAGUUCAUUUACGACAUUCCCUACUAUUACACUUGGAUCGCCGGCCAAUGUCAGUAUUAGGGCCGUAACGGCAGAGCACGUAGAGGUCGCCUGGACUGUUCCACAAGUUUAUGCACAGUCUUACGUGGUCCAUCUCUUCAACGAAGGUGGUACAGAGGAACACUCCAGGACAGUCGGUGCUGAAAAUACAUCCGUGGUUUUCCAAAACCUGACGCCCAAUACCCUGUACCUGGCUGUAGUCGAGACAGUCUCUGCGUCAUCCAAACUGUCUUACGUGUCCGGUUGGGACCUAGCAAGAACAAAUAUCCUAACUGCUUCGACUUUGACCGUGGCUGAAAUAGGUUCUACUUCAGCGACCCUUUCAUGGAUACCUAUCCCUUCAGCUACCGGUUAUGUGGUAUCUUACAUUAGUCAAGACCUAUCGGACACAGGGGUUGUCGAACUACCAUCGCCAUCGACCACAGCUACUGUGUCCGGCCUUCGACCAGAAACAAUUUAUACCUUUUCUGUGGUUGCAACCACUACCCCACCGACGGGUGUUGGUACCACCGUUGGUGUCACAAACGUUUUGACGGAAGUGGUCGUUGAUGCUGUAACUUUCAACACCAUCUCGCUUUCUUGGACCAAUAUCCCCGAUGGCAACUUUUAUCAAAUUGAUUAUCGAAACCUGGAUGGGGUUGUUAGACAGGCCGCAUCUCUUACAAACACUACAACCAUCAAUGGCCUGACCCCGUCUACAGCCUAUAACAUUACGGUCGAAUCUUUUUCAUUUGGCACCAUUCGACAAGUUGUUGGAUCUGUAUUAGUUUCCACGGAAAUGGCAUCAACGGCUGAAAUUGUGAACAUCACUGUCGAUACAGCCGUCCUGACGUGGGACCCACUCCCAGGAGCUCUGGUUUACAUUGUCACCAUUAACGAUGGGAUCAGUUCCAAUGUCGAGCAGACGUUUGCCUCUCCGAUCACGAUAACAGGCCUUACGCAUAAUACCAUGUACGAGUUCUCAGUUGUCGGUUACGGGCCGAUGGGUGAGGUAAACCUAGGAUCUAUAUCGGGAAGUACAGCCUUUGAUAACUGUGCAUCAUCCCCUUGUCAAAACGGAGGAGAGUGUGUCAAUGUUUUGACGAGUUUCACCUGCCAAUGUGGGCUUGGAUACUUUGGUACCUUGUGUGAAAUUGCUAUCCAAUGCCCUGUUCCUCCAAUGUCGAACAGGCUCAACUCCUUUGACGGAUCUUGUAUUGGACCAGGUCUAAUUGACAAUGGUUAUAGUUGUACAUACCGAUGUGAUCUUGGUUUCCUCAUCAGGGGCGAACCGACAAUAGCCUGUCAACUUAACGGAACACUUGAUGGAACGUUCCCAUCAUGUGAAGACGUGGAUGAAUGCAGGAACGGUUUAAUGUGCGUGGAUCCCAACAGCUUCUGUCUCAACAAUAUCGGUUCCUUCAUGUGCAGCUGUAAUGGGGGGUUUCAACUCAUGCCUGAUGGCACUUGUCAAGAGUCUGCGACUAUUUCCUGCACGCCGGAUCCCUGUGCGAACGGAGGUACUUGUGUGGCCGGGUUCAACCGUGUGACGUGUCUAUGCGGACCAGGUUUCACAGGGCCAGCCUGUGAACAGAGUUUAUUUUGUGCUGGGGUACAGUGCGGAUCUUCUCAGGUUUGUGUGAAUGAACAGUGCACCUGUCUAGAAGGUUUUAUCCUUCAGGGAGGAUUGUGCCAAAGUCCUUGUUCUCCACAAUGUGAUAUCGAAACCGAGAUCUGUGUAUCAACAACAGGUGGAGGAUUUCAGUGUGACUGCAGACCAGAUCGAGAGAGGAGUUUCUGGACAGGUCUUUGUGUGCCAAGAAGUCGAACUUAUUCCUCGGUGUUCACUAUCGAUGAGCUGGGUGGCUCUCCGGUGGAUUUUAACCCAUCCUUUGCUGAUCCUACCAGCCUCGCUUUUCAGGAAGGUUCAGAUGCCGUCACGGGUCUUUUACCUCUAGCCUUUGAGGCUUCUGGAAUGCCUGGUGUCAUCGGCAUAGAAGUGGAUGGGUUCUUCCUAGGCAGUCUGAUGUGCGAGAUAACUGUUUACGUGGGGAAAGAAUUCGACGGUACUGAGAUUGAUCUGAAGAACGUUCUAAUGCCCAAUGAAUCUUCAACUCGCUUCUCUGAUGGUUCACACGAAUUAUUAAUUCGACGAGACUCUGUCACUGUUCAUGAAAUUAUCCACAUCGAUCCAUGCAGCACGCCAGAGUUAAAUGACUGUUCCAUGAAUGCAGUGUGUAUGUCUGAAGAUGAGAGGGAUUAUAUCUGCUUGUGUAUGGAAGGCUAUAAGGACAUGUUUCCGGAAUCACUACCUGGACGCUACUGCAUGGAAGAUAAAACAUCAACGACACCAUCAGGAAUAAACAAGGAACCAGGAACUGGUUUCGAUAAGACGAAUAUUUUUAUCGGUAUAGUUUCAAGCGUUGCCAUCAUAAUCCUACUCGUCUUGAUCGUGUUUGGCUUCAACCUUAUUCGCAUUCACCGUGAAGAAUACAAGGUGAAGAAACGAACUGCUGCACAGGAGAAGGCCAUUGAAGUCAAAACUCCUGAGGACUUUAUCCAGUCAUCAGUCCCCGACGUCUUCUUCAAGAAACCUAACUUGGACGAUCACACCUACAUCAAUCCUAACCAACAACUAGAUGAGGAGCACCCGUCUGCCUUUAGCAUGGAUGCAAAGAACCACGCUACGACCAUGGAUGAGCUUAAGGAGUAGUCAAAGGCGGAUCGUCACGAAAUUGUCAACUUUUUGUGUGAAACACUUCGGCAGCUUCACACACUGAAAUAUGUACAUAGGUGUCUAUAUCGACUAUUGUAUACGGAGAACACAUAGCAAACAUGCAUUUUUAAAGAAUGGUUCAUGAUUUAAGUCAGAUUACACGUACAUCUCAUUAUCAGCAUGGACAUCAUACAGAGAGCAAUUCGUGUCCUGUUCUCUUCAUCUCCAAAUCGUUGUAGAAGUUUUUUUUUUCUCUGGACUUAACUCCAUGUGCACAUCAGGAAAUAUCUACACCCCAAAUAUCACAGUAGCGGUGAUAUCUUGCACGCCUCAUGAAAACUCGAAAAUAUGCACCUUGUUUGUUUUUUGCACCCUAUACUAGUAUUUUGCAGGCUUGUUACGAUCGUCUGCGUUCGCGGAGCGGGGACGGCCGCACCCUUUCGAGAAAACCGGGGUAGCUUUUCACGAAAGGCUGUGAACCAGUCGUUUCUAUGAAAAUUAUUCAUCAAAUAAUAACAACAAUAUAAUACUAAUAGA